ACUACCGCAAAGUGGCAUGUUAUGGUGAUAAUUGCGAUUAUUUGGGGUGUUGUUGCAAGUUAUCUUAAUUACCAAGUCUGGAAGGAUGAAACACCCAUCAAAACACAGCUUGAUUUGUGGUGUUAAUCAAAAAUCAUGUACGGAUGCAGGGAAACAAACAGCGGUUGGCCAGUCUGUUUGUUUGGAUGCACUGUGUUGAAGAAGGAAAACAUUGUGAAGCAUAUGAAAACCAAAGAUCACCAGAAGGCAGUUGAAGCAUCACAACUCCGGCGAGAUAUGCAGGCUGCCAAGGAAGUUUCCAUCAACAAGAGCGAGGCGGCUGUCAGAUGUGCCAUGGCAAAUGUUCUGUUCCUAGCCAAGGAAGAUCUACCCAGUAGCAUGUUGCCAGAGAUGAACAAGUUCAGGAUGUACCAGGGUUUGUCCGAACUUGCUGACCUGUGUGUUGACAGUCGGACGUCAUACGAACAUUCCACUUCCAUCGAUGAGUUCCAGGAUGCUUUGUCAGAUGUUUUGGAGGAAGACCUACUCCUGAAGAUCAAGGAAAGUAGCAAGUUUAGUCUCAUGAUAGAUGAGAGAACGGACAUUUCUGUCCAUCAAAAAAUGAUCAUAUAUAUAAGAAUUCUUGAAAAGAACAAUGUUGAUGUUGUAUUGCCUCAUACAUACUUCUUAUCAAUCAAUUCUUUGUACAGGGCUGAUGCAGAAUCAAUUUACAGAAAAGUUGUAAACACCCUGGGAGAAAAGGGUAUUGACAUAACAAAACUAACAGGUAUAAGUACAGAUGGGGCAUCAGUCAUGGUUGGAAAUAAGUCUGGGGUAGUCAACAGGCUAAAAGCAGACAAUCCUGGCUUGUUAGCUACACAUUGCGUCGCACACAGGCUAGCCUUGAGUUGCUGCUCAGGGGCAGAUGCUAUUCCCUUUUUGGUGAAGGUUCAGGAAAUAUUGAAUAGUGUGUAUAAGUAUUUCAGCCUUUCACCUAAGAAUACUGCCAUGCUGGAAGCAAUCCAGAAGAUGACCCCUGGGCAGGCAGGUAAGUUUAAAGAGGUCUUCCACACUAGGUGGCUCAGUUUUCAUGGGUCUGUGGAAGCCAUGAUCCAGAACUUCAGCAGUUUAGUGUCUGUUUUUCUACAGGAGAAAUCGGGUAAGGCUCUCAGUUUUUAUAAGCCAAUCACAUGUUACAAGUUCUUGUAUGUGGUGCAUUUUCUAGCUGAUGUCCUCCAACCCCUGGCAGUGCUCUCCAAGUCUUUCAGAAACAGGACCUCGACUUUGCAGAGGUAAGUCCGCUUCUGACAACAACCAUCGAGUUGAAUGAAAAACUCACUGCAGGUUAGUCUGGAUAUCGUCUCACUCAAUUUCUUCAGCAGGUACCAGCAGAGCCCAGGACAGGGGAUGAUGGCUUAGAAACGUUUGAGUUUCAAGGCCACACCAU